AUGUUUUCAGAUAACAUCUGUGUACAAAUCCUUGCAAAUGAGUUUGGAGCAAAUGGAAUCAGUGGUAUUAAAUCUUAUUUCAGUAAAAAUGGUAAUGGCAUUGAUGGAAAUCCUGAAGAAAAAAUUGAUGGAUAUGAUAAAAAUACAGCAUAUAUUGGGAAAUGUAUUUUAGACAUCCACUAUUGGAUUAAUACUUAUAAUGUGGUACAGUCUUUGGAAAGAACAGUUGAUAUUCAGUUAAUUGGACCUUUUGUCAAAGUCCCUGGAAUGGCAUUUUCUUAUGGUGAAAAGCAUUCAGAUGCUGAUUGUGAUGAGAAAACAACAAGAUCUGGAACUUCCCAUUCUGGAAAACCUUGUGACUAUAUAUUUUGGUAUGAUAAAUUUGAGAUAGGAGUUGGGGAGAACUCAGGACCCAAUAAUAAAGGUUAUUAUGAUAAAUCUUGUGAAAAUUUUAUGGACAUGAUAAAGGUCACAAGAGCUCAGCACAAAA